ACCCCAUGUUAAUGUUCCCCUCUUCGCACCUUCCAUGUUCCCACUUCAAAACCUCUCCUUCCCAUUACACCUCUUGACUUAUUAAUUAACACCUCAAAAAGAAAAAAGAAGAUAUAUAUAGUUGAUAUAUGACUUUAAUUGGUUUACUUUGUGCAUAAGAUAACAUGCUUUUUAGUAGUACCAUGGCUUUUGUUCCUUCUACAGCACAAGAAACUAGUUCUGUUAAUUUUCGAAACCAUGAAGCAGCUAAUGAUGAUCUCCCUUCCUCCUUCCCUAGUCAUGUAUUUCCCUCUUCUUGUGCUCCUCAACAAGAAUUUCAAGGAAUUUCACCGUUGUUAAUGAGGAGAGCCAUGUCAUUUGAUCAUAAUCAAGAAUCGAGAGUGGACGACGACAUGUCUGAUGACGAUGGCUCUUCACAUUUACUUGGGGAGAAGAAGAGGAGGCUGAAUUUGGAGCAAGUGAAGGCACUUGAGAGAAGUUUUGAGAUGGGGAACAAGCUUGAGCCUGAGAGGAAAAUGCAACUGGCUAGAGCUCUAGGAUUGAAACCCAGGCAGAUUGCAAUUUGGUUCCAGAACAGAAGAGCUAGGUGUAAGACUAAGCAAUUGGAGAAAGAUUACGAAAUCUUGAAGCGACAAUGUGAUAAACUUAAGAUUGAUAAUGAUGCACUCAAGACUCAAAACAAAAAACUUCACUCUGAGUUGCAGUUAUUGAGUCUGGGAAACAGAGAAUCAGCUGGAGAUACACCACCAAUAUUAUUUAAUCUGAACAAGGAAAACGAAGGGUGUAAUUGGAACAUCAAUGGAAGUGGUGAUGAGAACAACAGUACUAUAGAUGUAAAUCUUGGAACCACAACAACAAGAACAUCAUCAACAAACAGCCCACUCAACAGCCAUGAUAUUUUUCCAACAGCUUAUAAAGUAGAGCAAACUGUCAAUGAAGAAGGAUUUUGCAACAUGUUCACCAAUGUGGAAGAUCAGACCAAUUUUUGGCCAUUGCCAGUGCAGCAACACUUUUACUAAUUUUAAUUUCUUUCAAGUUAUUCAAAUUAAACCAUUUUUUGGGUCUUAUGCCGACAGUUAAAUUUACUGUGUGUAUAGUAAAAUGCACAUAUGUUAAUGUUAUUGUACCAGGAUUGUUAUUAAAGACUUGAAAGUGACGAUGCAACAAAUUGGUAAUUGA